AUGGCUUAUGAAGAUCAGUGUCGGCACAGUUUGAAGCCAAAAUACGAUUGUCUUCUCUUUGAUGUUGAUGAUACGCUUUAUCCUCCAAGUUCUGGCUUAUCAGAGGAAGUCGCCAAGAAUAUUCACGAAUACAUGGUUCAGAAGAUUGGCAUAGAAGAAACUGAAGUCUCUCAAAUGAAUAGUGUUCUGUACAGGAGUUAUGGAACAUCCAUGGCAGGUCUCAAGGCUAUUGGCUACGAUUUUGAUAACGAUGACUAUCACGGAUCUGUUCAUGGGAGAUUGCCUUAUGAGAGGCUAAAACCUGACCAUGUUCUAAGAAGUCUUUUGCUUAGCUUGCCAAUUCGUAAAGUUAUAUUCUCAAAUGCGGAUAAAGCCCAUGUAGCUAAGGUUCUGAGCAGGCUUGGAUUGGAAGACUGCUUUGAAGGGGUUAUUUGCUUUGAAACUCUUAAUCCCAAUAAUUACCAAGCCAUUAAUACUCCUGAUGAAAUUGGAGCUUCGAUUCCAAGUUAUACAUCCAAAAGCGAAAUUCUUGAUAUCAUUAACCUUCAUGGUCAAUCUAAUGCUGUUUCAGUACUUCCAAAAACUCCAGUAGUCUGCAAACCGUUUGAAGAUGCAUUCCAGCAGGCCUUUAAGUUGGCUAACAUCGAUCCUCAAAGAACAGUAUUCUUUGAUGACAGCGUUCGAAAUAUACAGACCGGGAAGCUAAUGGGUCUCCACACUGUACUGGUGGGCAAAGCCAACAGAACAAAUGGUGCUGAUUAUGCGCUGGAGAGCAUCCAUAACAUGAAGGAAGCAUUGUCGGUCCUAUGGGAAGCAAAUGGUGAUAAGUCAGAAGCCAUAAGCUUUACAGGAAAGGUUGCCAUUGAGACAACUGUCACUGCCUAA